CCAGUCGCAGCUCGUCUGUUCAAACGGUAUACUGUUUCUGCACCAAACUAGCGCAAGACUUCACGUAUGCAGUUAAGAAAUAUGCCGAGUGGGGUACUAGUUCUGGAUCCUUAGUUCAGGGAGCAAUGUUAGCGGUGGCUGGUCCUUCAUGGAUACACUGACGACGCAGUUACGACAAGUACAGAAGAGCUACGACUCGUUUAGAGAGGCUACAGAAACAGCAGAAAAGCAAGCGUGUACUGCAGCGGACAGUGCAGAGAAAGAAAGCAAGAAGGCCAAAAACCACCGAAAGGUUGUCCAAGGUGUCGGUGGAACCGCAUCUUGCCUAUUGAUCGGUGGCGGCAUUGCAGGUCUCGUUCUCACCGCGGUGUUUCCACCAGCCGGUCUUUUGGUUGGCGCUGCGCUGGCCGGUUCGGGAGCAGCAGCGUCAGGAGGAGUAGCAACUGCUCUUGUGACUGACAUUGCCGCAACAGACCUCAGAAUAACAGCACAACAAUUGCACAAGUUGGGUCAAGCGUUGAAAGAGCUGUCGCAAGUGGGCGCUUCUCUCCUUGCAAAAAUGAGUGGUUUGAUGAUUCGUGUGAAUCAAAGAGAGAGGACAGUGAAAGUUCUUCGCACGGCAGCUAGGCAGCCAGGAUUGGUGCACCCGAUUUCUUUAUUGAGGCAACGAGACGGCUUUGCGCUGAGUCACGCACGCUACGGUUUGGAGCCUGGGAAGCUGGCUAUGGGUUGACACGUCUCAAGGACAUGAAUCCGUACACGAGCAGACGUUCACGUGGAUACUAGAAAUGAAAAGAAACGUUGCUUUGAACUCUAACUGCGUACAUGUUGUGCGAACUUACGUCUGUGGUAUUUACGUAUACGUCUAUAGGCUGUACGUGUCUAGCUGAACGUGUCUGUGUCUAUGAGCUUUCGUUUUAAGUUUUGCUGUUUUGAGUUAUUAGUCAGUAACUGCGUGCGUUGACUAACAACUUUCUAAUUAGACGUUGUACUGAUGGAACUGUACGUUAUGACGCUGUUUGUAUCCUAACCAAUUUAUGAUAUUGAGAAAGCUGCAAAGACUAGUGGAC